AUGGCACACGGUCGUCCCGCCAAAAGAAGGCGGGUUACUCCUCCCAUCGACGACAGCAUCCCUUCCGAGACAGUCAAGGCUAGUGAUCUGUUGGCUCGAGCCGCAAAUUGGGACCUAGAGCAAGACUAUGAACAGAGGGCGAGGAGGAAACCGACCAAAGAAUCUACAAAACUGCCAACAAAAAAUGCCCAGGGUCACCUACAAACUUCUAAACAAGUCCAACCCCAAGUUGAAUCCGACGAAGAAUCGGAUAGCUUCCUAGGCUCCGGUUCAGACCUCGAGGAUGAUUCGGAUGUCGGUGAAGAGACACCACCUACCGAAGUCGACACUACCCCCCCGAUCCCCAUCAAACAGCAAGUCCUAUCUGCAAAGGAAGAAAUUGCUCGAGUUGCCAGCCUCCUGAACGAAGACCCCGAGGAACAUGCUGGCUCUUUCAAAAAGCUCGCACAAAUUGCAACACCGCACUCCCCUUUACCCGUUCGCAAACUUGUCCUUGCCGCUCAGGCUGCUGUCUAUAAGGACGCUAUUCCUGGCUACCGCAUACGAGCAUACAAAGACCAAGACUUGAACUCUCAGGUCUCUAAAGAGGUGCGCAGGACGAGACAGUUCGAGCAAGCCCUGGUGACGGGUUACCAAGCCUAUGUCAAACAACUCACAAACCUGGCCAAGUCGAAAAGCAUCCCCAACGAUGAUUCUUUGUCUCUGAGAAGUCUCGCUAUCAGCUGUGCCUGUACCCUGGUUCUCUCCGUACCUCAUUUCAAUUUCCGUACCGAAUUGCUGAACAUCCUCAUUCACCAACUGACUAGCCGGGCAUAUACCCCGGACUUUUCGAAAUGCAUUGAAACAAUGGAAAAGUUCUUUGCCCAGGACGACGAUGGCGCUCCAUCUCUCGAGGCAGUCAGCCUCCUCACCAAAAUGAUGAAAGCUAAGGACUAUCGUGUCCGGGAGGAAGUCCUCAACCUGUUCUUCCAUCUACGUCUACUGUCCGAACUCACCACGCCGAGUUCGACCACUAGGGCCGACAGGCCAACUGACGCCUCAAAGUUGCAUGGUCGCAAAGUCAAGAAGGAGAAAUGGGAACACCGCUCGAAGAAGGAGCGCAAGUUGGCCAAGGAGAGAAAGGCCGUGGAGAAAGAUAUGCAGGAAGCUAAUGCAAUCGUCAACUACGAAGAGCGGGAGAAGAUGCAGUCCGAGACACUCAAGAUGGUCUUUGUCACAUAUUUCCGCAUUUUGAAGGCCCGCAUCCCACAUCUGAUGGGUGCCGUCCUUGAAGGCUUGGCUCGAUAUGCGCAUCUCAUCAACCAAGAUUUCUUUGGGGAUAUUCUCGAAGCGCUCAAGGAUAUCAUCAAUCAGGCCGAUGCCGCUGUCAAGGGCGAAUUGGACCUCGACCUAGAGGGAGAAAUGGACCAAGAACUCGCUUCAACCAACGUGGACGGCGAGACCAUGCGCAAUCGCACCCGCGAGAGCCUCUUAUCCACCCAGACAGCCUUCACCUUACUAUCGGGCCAAGAAAUGACCAAAGCCGCCUCGACUCUUCAUCUCGACCUGUCCUUCUUCACCUCACAUACAUACCGCUCCCUAUAUCCACUUGGUCUCGACGCGGACAUUGAACUCGGCCCAAAGUCACUCCGCUUACCUGACCCUCACGCUGGCGCCCAAGCCCAAUCCGAAGCACAAGCAAAAGCGACACAAGCAAACAAGAUCAACAUCUCAACCCCGAUCCUUCUCCUCACUCGUGUCCUGACCUCGAUCCUACUCACACCGUCACAGCCACCUCCCAGCCUGACCGCUGCAGCCUUCUACAAGCGCCUCCUCUCUGUCUCAUUGCAACUGCCCGAGAAAUCGACCAUAGCCGUCUUAGAUCUGCUAGCCAAGAUUGCCGACAAGCACGGUCGCAAGAUCGAGGCUCUAUGGUACAGCGACGAGAGGAAAGGAGAUGGUGUAUUUCGUGGCGAGAGCGAUACCCUGGAAGGGACCAAUGUGCUGGCAACGGGUAGCGGCGUAUGGGAAGCCGAACUGCUCCGGAAGCAUUACUGUCCUCAGGUUCGAGAACAGAUCCAAAGCAUUGAUAAGACGAUUGCUAGUUUGAACAGGUAA